UCCCGUUUCCCGCACUGACGUAUAGAAGCAACUAGCAAGCGUUCUUGUAAAUGUAAUCGACCCCUUAAAAUUCUCUGCAAUUCGAUAAAUCGUCGAGAUUCAAGAUCACACUGAUAUCUCUCAUUCCCAGGGAAGGUUCUCCCUGUGUAAGUUAAGGUUUUAAAAAGAUGGAUUUUGACGAGUAUGAAUAUUUAGAGAAUACGGUGGAAAAUCCCGAACCUAAAAAGUCAAAGGAGAUUAUGAAUGGAGGUGUGGACAAUUUGAAAUCCAAGGAGAAAGAUAGAAGUCAGAGUUCAAAACUCAAAAGUGAAGGUAAUGACAAUGAUUUGGAUAAGCACAGGAAACAUUCAAGGUCAAAGGACGAGUUUAAUGAUAGCAGGAAAGAAAGGAGCUCAGGUCAUCCCCCAUCUUCAAGAGAUAGGGAGAUGAGUGACAAUGAUCGACAUAAACAUAAGCGGGAGCAUAGAAACAGGGACAAGGAAGAGGGCAGUGGAAAAGAGAAAGACAGAGAAAGGGGCAAAGAGAGGGACAUUGGCAAGAAACGAGAGAUUUAUCGUGAUGGAGACAGGAGAGAGCAUUGCCAUGAAUAUGGAAGAGAGAGACAUGGGGAGGGGGAGCGCGAGAGGUCUAGGGGGAGCAAAAGUUAUUCAGAAAGAAAUCGGGAUGAUCGGGAGAGGGAGAGAAGUAGGGAUGUGGAAAGGAGCAUAGACGGGGAGUAUAAGGAAAGAGGAAGGGAGGAGUUUAGAGAUCGCGAUCAUGAAAGCAGAAGAUACAAAGAGAAAAAGAAAGAAGUGGAAAAGCCGGAAGCAGAUCCUGAACGAGAUCAACGGACAGUUUUUGCUUACCAGAUUUCUUUGAAGGCAGUUGAAAGAGAUAUCUAUGAAUUCUUCUCCAAGGCUGGCAAGGUCAGAGACGUACACCUCAUCAUGGACCGCAUUUCCAGACGCUCCAAAGGAAUUGGGUAUAUUGAAUUUUAUGAUGUAAUGUCAGUUCCUAUGGCGAUAGCACUUUCUGGUCAGCCUCUACUUGGUGUACCAGUGAUGGUUAAGCCAUCAGAAGCUGAAAAGAACCUUGUUCAGUCCUCUACAUCUGUUGUUUCGGAGGAUAGAAAGCUAUAUGUUGGCAAUCUACCUGUUGCCAUAAAAGAAAAUCAACUUCGUCAGGUAUUUGAACCUUUUGGCUCUGUGGAGUUGGUGCAGCUGCCCACUGAUCCUGAAACUGCCAAUUGCAAAGGUUAUGGUUUUGUACAGUUUGCACGUCUUGAAGAUGCGAAGGCUGCACAAAAUUUAAACGGCCAACUGGAGAUCGCUGGUCGAGUAAUCAAGGUCUCUGCUGUUACAGAUCAAGCUGCAAUGCAAGAUGCUGGGGCAAAUGUUGCUGAUUUUGAUGAUAUUGAAGGCAAUGGAUUGUCCUUGAAUGCUCACUCAAGAGCACUUCUCAUGCAGAAAUUGGAUCGCACAGGCAUUGCUUCAAGCAUUGCUGGUUCAUUAGGCACCCCCAUUGGUAAUAGCCCUGGCCUCUCCGUGCCAACAGCACCAGUUCUUGGGGUUGCUCCUGUAGAUCCUUCCCUUACUGCUAGUCUCGGACAGGCCCCAGUCCCUGCACUUGCGGGGUUGGCAGCUGCAGGCCUUUCAGUUCCUGCUGCUGCUGUUCCUUCUAUAGAUACCAUUGGUGUUCCUAGUGAAUGUCUGUUGCUGAAGAACAUGUUUGAUCCAAAAUUGGAGGCUGAACCAGAUUUUGAUCUGGAUAUAAAAGAAGAUGUACAAGAUGAGUGCUUAAAGUUCGGAACAUUAAAGCAUAUUUAUGUAGAUAGAAACACUGCUGGGUUUGUAUACUUGCGGUUUGAAAAUACCCAAUCUGCAAUUGCUGCACAGCAGGCGCUCCAUGGGAGAUGGUUUGCUGGAAAGAUGAUCACUGCAACAUUUCUGCUUCCUCAGAAUUAUGAGGAUAAAUUUCCUCAUAGCAGAUAAAGACUAUUUAAGGACAUUGCAAAUGGCUUUUGAGUGUCGUGUGCAAUUGUAAAAGAUUAGACUUCUCUUGGUGGCUUUUAUCGUAUGCUAGGGGGUGGACUGAACUGGGUGCAAAUUGAUACAUUCUUUGCUUUGUUUUGUGAAGAUUUCCAUUUGUACAAAAAACCGCUUCACAGAAUUCUGCCAGAAAUCUCACGUGUGGGACUCAUGUUGUGAUAAAAAAUGCCAAAAAAUCCCCCUACCCACCUGUUGCUGUGUCUAUUCUGUAUGGCUUCUGUGUGUGCAAUUUCUGUACACGCAGCAAGCUUCUUGUUUUGUUUAGUCCUGACUAGUUUAAACACUAAAUAUUGUAAAGGCUAUAGCUUGUGGUGAACGCUCUAUAGCUCUAGUUUAAUGUUAUGCCGUGAGUAGAUGUUUUGUUAAUUUUGGAAUUGAGGCAUCCAGCAUGCUGAUUAAUUUUCAUUUCUAAUUGGAAUUUAAGGUUUUUUUU